CGGACUGAGUGGAUGGUCAAACGAACACUUACAUCCUCUUUGUUUUGUGAGCGUUUCUUGAAUGUCCUUUUUCUUUAUCUACCACAAUAAUUUGCGGUUAAGAAGAAAUUUCGCUGCUACAUCUAGUAGAUCAUUCGACUUAGAUGAGGCACUUGCUGACUAGUGUACACACACAUUUGAUAAAUCUUUAAAUCACUGAAGAAAACACAAUGAGGGAUCAACUGAAAUUUAUUGUUCAAGGGUUGAACAAGGAACCCUUCAAUAAGAAUUUUAACCUGAUAUCUUUUGAUAGCUUGGAGCCAUUGUCAUUACUACAGAUUCUUACAGAUGUUUUGGCAGAAAUAGACUCUAAGCACAAACUUGAUAUUAGACAAGAAACUCCUGAACAGACAGCUCUUCGUAUUAUGAAUACAUUGAAGAUUUUGAAAUAUACUCCACCUUCUGAUAAAGAAUCAUUUUCUGAUUUCAACUGUGGCCUUGUUCAAGCUGAGAAGUCUGUUGUUUAUCCUAUCCUGGAAUGGCUUCUACAAAGAAUAACAGAUCUGAAGAAACGGGCUUAUCUUGCUCAGUUUCUUGUCAAGAUUACUGUUCCUACAGACAUUAUGCAAGAUCAAACUGUAAUUGAGUCCUAUGAACAAUAUGAAGAACUGAUUGAACAGUUCAAAGAAUGGCACAAACAUUCUGAGCAACAAAGGAACUCCAGCUUCAACACUUCAGAAAUUCGUCGUGAUAUCAGCCAGAUGGAGGAAGAAAAAGAACAACUUUUGAAACGUAUUGAGAGGCUGAAGCAUAAAGUUGAGUCUCAUCCAAAUGCCCAGACUAUGAUGGCUGUUGCACGGAAGCUAAGAAGGGAGCGAGAUGAAGAGAAGAAACUUGCUGAACAGAAGCAAAGACAAAAUGAGCAAAUCCAUCAAGCUGAACAGAAGAUCCGAAGGUUACAGCAACAGUUAAAGAACACACAGCAAUACAGGAAUGGGGCAACUGCAAAAAUGAUAUUACAACAGCUUGAAGAAGAGAUUAAGACCAACAAGUAUGUAGUUUCUACUCAACAAGUAAAAGAAAUUGAAGAGAAGAAGAAGAUUGAAAACAUUAUGCAAAUGGCUGUUUCUGAGCGUGUUCUUGGUCAGCCUGAACUGGAGGAGUUGGAAAAUCAGCUCCAAGACCUCAUUACAGAAGUCAAUCAGCUAAUUGAGAAAAAAGGUAUUUUAUCAAAUGGAGGUGAUGAUAAACUGCAUUUGUUUAGGAAUCAGGCCACCAUUGUUGCCCGCAAGAAAGAUGAGAAAAUAGAAGAAGUGAAAAAAAUGAGGGAAGAAAUUAACAAACUUUCACAGCAAUAUGAAUCAAAGAGACAGCUUCUGAAAGAGACUGGUGGUGGAGAGAUUUUGAGGGGAGAGGACUACAUGAUGUUUGUCAACAAGCUCAGAUCUAAAAGUAAUUUGCAUAAAAAGAAGAAAUUUGAACUAGAAGAGAUCAAAGUUGAGCAUGGGGUCCUUUCUCGCACAGAGGAGAUCCUCUCUCAUAAACUUGGUCUCAGCAAUGAACAGUUGACUCAUCUGGAGACAAAUAAGGGAGUUUCUGGCUAUUGGAAAACCCAAGAAGAACUUGAAAAAGUUUCUACUUUGAAAAGUGAAUUUGAUGAAAUGAAGGACAAGCAAUUAGAAGACAUGUCUCACAUGAUACAUGUACUGACUGGGAAAAUCGGAGAGAAAAAGGAAACUCUGGCCCCUGUCAUUGAAAACUUAAGGUCUCUUCGGGAGGAAUGUAAGAAUUUGACACAAGAAUAUGAAGAAAAGAAAUCUGCUUAUAAUAUGCAAUCAGCAAACCUGGAGACUCAGAGAUCUCAGCUUGAAAAAGAAGUUCAAGCAUACCGAGAUGAGAGCAAUGUGGAAGAGACAAGGUACCAUUUGUUCAGUCAAAAGAUUGCUAUAAUCAAAGCACAGAAGCAGAGAGUGUCUGAGGAAAUUCAAGCUUACAAAUCACUGGAUGCACAGGACAAAAAGAAAACAUUGAGAGAAAUUUACCAAAGGAAAAUCAAAGAACAGGAAAACAUGGGUAAAAAGUUGCGUGAAAAGAAGAAAUUCCUCCAAGAUAACUAUACUCCCAAUUUGAAACAGAUGAAAGUAUGGAAAGAUUUUCAUCGCAUCAUGGAGUGUAAAAAGCAAUGCUUUGAGCAAGCAUCUCUAAACCAGAAUGGUUCUAAAGCAAUGAAUCCUGCUUGGGAUACAGCUCUUCUAGAAGAAGACAGACUAGUUUUAUAAGGAGCUAAAAGAGAACUUAGAAGAACAUAGGUAAACAAUACCUGAUGUGGGUUCAUAUUCCGUCCAAUUUGUUAUUGUUAUAAAUAGAUUAUAUUCUGUUUUCUGCACAACUACACAGCAUGAAAAGUGGAGAAAUUUAAUGUACCAAUGUAUUUUGGUAGCUUUGGAAGAUAUUUAGUAUUGGCGUGGAAAUAAUCUUGGAACUAGAACAAAGCCAAAGAGUGCAAGCUGAUCUGAUACACUGCUUGUGCAGUUUUUACCUAGAAUUUGGGACAUUCAUCAUCAAAAUUUCCUUCCACUGCAAGACCAUUUAUGUAAUAUACUGACACUUCAGUAUAUAAAAUGUUUUCAUGUUCAUGCAUA